AUGCAAUUCACAGCAUUAGAACAUUCAUUAAUUGUAUCACAACAAUUAUGUUCUAAUAUGCACACUCAACAGAGACUCGUUCAGAAGCUUAUAACGUUUUGUGUCGGCCUUCCGAAAGGGCAAUUUAUAAUAGCAAAAUUGCCUCUUGAUGUACAAGUCUCGAGGAUGACAAGAGCUCAUUCAGUGAACAAUGGAUUUGCUUUUAGCGCAAGAGACAAGCAUUUUCCUGGACCACUUCAAAAUUGUUUUAUUGUGGGGGUGUUUUCACAACAACAACAACAACAGCGAAACAAGCCACGAGUCAAAGACUUUCUGAUGCGUCAAGCUGUUCGAUACAAAUUUGAGGCAAGCAUAAUAAUUGUGCAUAUGUUUUAUCAAGUCACCAUGAAAUCUCAAAUGUGCAACAUAAAAUAUAACUCGAGAACAAGAAAAUAA